UCUCUGCUUUAUUGCAUUUCCUUAAUAUUUUUGUACCAAAAAUAGACAAAGAACCAUGGAUUCCGAGACAUUCAGGGCCUGGAAUAAAGAGGCGCCCGAGCUAGACGCCAAUAUGCGUACAUUGGUGGCCAUAUCGACGUUGGCGUCGGCAAAUCGUCCAAGCACAAUUGCUUCGAUAGCCCAGACACAUCUCAACCAACUUGGAAAUGUUUCUGAGCAAGUUUUCUUUGUGCAUCAAACGCGCGAGUCUAUCCUCAAGAUGACAUCCAUCAUGGGAACUCCAAAGGCCAUCAAUGCAUUGUCGUCUUUCAUGAGUGUGAUAAAGCCCAACGACGCCAUUGCACACGAACUAUCAACUGCGACUUAUCCGCGAUCCAGCACCACCCCCGACUACGCCGAAACGCGCGCCCGCGGCCAAGAGCUUUUUGCUAGCAUAUAUGGGCGCCACGCAUCCCGAGUCGAAGGCAUGCUGCACUCCCUGUAUCCUGACCUCGCAGAGGUCAUUAUUGCAGAUUCUUACGGCCGCCUUCUCAGUGAAACCUAUUACCUUAAUGGGAGGGAUACCGAAUUAUGCGCUAUCGGCUCACUGGUUCCACAAGAUGUGCCCGCGCAGCUGAAGAGUCAUUGUAUUGGUGCCACGAGACUGGGUGCUUCGGAGGAAAUGGUCCAGGGUGCUUUGAGACUAGCUAAAUUCGUAUUUGCUAAAAAGUAGACGUAGGGUAUGGACAGCUUUUUUGUUUUAGCCAUAAUUGCAACAAACAUUAAAUGCAAGCACAUUAAUUUUCUGACCAAGCAACUAUUUGGG